CUGGGCUUGAAGCCCGACAGUUUCGUUGGGCUGUGUCCCCGACAUGAGAGUGCCCUGCAGCAGUGCCGAGAGCUGGGACCUCCGUCCUGCUCUUCCCCAGGGAGGCCCACGGGCUGGCCUGGGGUCGGCCCCACGCCUCCGGGGUCUGACGGCACUCGCCUUGCCCUGCAGCACGACCCUCUCGUGCCUGUGUCGGCCUCCAUAGAGCUCAUCCUGGUGGAGGACGUGCGGGCGAGUCCGGAAGAGGUGACCAUCUACAACCACCCUGCUGUGCAGGCGGAGCUGCACAUCAGAGAAGGCUCCGGCUACUUCUUCCUCAACACCAGCACUGCAGACAUCGUCCGGGUGGCCUACCAGGAGGCCAGGAGCGUCGCCACG